GAGUUUUAUAUUGAAGUUCUAUGCUAUCCAUGUUCUUGUUCCUAACCUAACUUUUAUAUUUAAUAUCAGAUUUGCGAUUUAUCUCUUUGGGGCCACAAAGAAUCAUUACAAAAUGACUACUUUGGAAGAACCCAUUAAAUUGAAGGACCUUAUGGAAGAUGGGGCCAUAUUCACGAUUAAAGCCCAGGACGGUGAGAAUGCGGAUGAACCCAACGAGGAGGACGACGAAUACGAGAAAAAUGUGUUGAAUUUCUUGAACAUGCAGGUUGCAGGCGAGUUUGCUGAUGAUGACACUUAUGUGGAAGGAACACCAUUUGAAAAAAUAAGCCAAAAGAUGAUUAAACUGUUAGGAAACGGCGCUAUCAAAAAACGCAUACUGAGAGAUGGUUAUGGUGAGAAGCCACAAGAUGGAUCUCUUGUGAGGAUUCAUUAUAAUGCCUACAUUGAGUUGACUGCAGAACCAUUUGAUUCUACCUAUGCUAGAAAAAAACCACACCAGUUCACCAUCAAUGCAGGUGAAGUUAUCCCUGGGUUGGACAUUUCAGUCCAAAGUAUGAGAAUACAUGAGAAAUCUCAAUUUCUAAUUAGACCUGAGUAUGCUUAUGGGCCUUUAGGCUGCCUGAAUAGAGUUCCAGCCAAUACUGAGGUACUUUUUGAGAUUGAGUUAUCUGAAAUUGUGAAUGUAGGUGCUUCAACAACCUUCCUUACCCUGCCCAAUGAUGAACAGAAGCAGUUCAGCAAUGUUUACCAAUACUGUUUAGCUUUGUGUGCCAAAGCCAAAGAUUUGUAUAACAAAGACAUAAAGUUAUCCAUAAGAGAAUAUAACACUGCAGUUGGGAGGUUGGAAGUUUGUCACUUGGCAGACUAUGAGGACCAGAAAAAGCAACAAGAAUUAUUGUUGAAGCUCUACAGCAAUCUUCUGGUUUGCUAUACAAGAGUUGAAGAACCCAAAAAAGGUUGUAUAAAUUUCAAUAAGAUAAGGGAACUAGUUAAAGGUACAGAUCUCAAAAUAUCUGCCAAAUGUUAUUUCAACAAUGCUAAAUGUAUCAGAAUGUUGGGUGAUUAUGAUAGAGCAAAGGAACGUUUGGAUAUUGCCUACAAAAUGGAGCCCCACAAUGCAGAUAUCCUCAAUGAGAUGGUCAAUUUAGACAAUGAGAGGAAAACUUACCAUAAGAAGCAAAUUGAAUUGAGUAAAGCUAUGCUGAACAGUGGACAAAAAUAAUGACUAUACUCACAGAGUUUCACUACAUUUUGUAGAUUCCAUUUAUCCAAGUUUUUGUAAUUUAGGUAUAUCUGUCAUAAAGGAAAUCCAAUUUUUUGAUUUGGAGGAUUUUUUUCAUUGCUUACCAUGUCUGAUGUUAGAAUGGUACCAUGAAAUAGGGUUACUUGUGGAGCUUGGGACAAAUUCACUUUCACUUUUUCAAUAAUGUGGUGAUAGAUCAAAGUUUUUAGAGAUGCAAAGUAACAAUUUAUGAGUAAAAAAUUUCUUUCAUAUGCAUUUAACCUAUAAAUCACCA